UUUGAAGUCCACCCUAUAAAUCCACCCUUCCCCCCAACGCCCCAUUCCACUUCAUUCCACUUCAUUCCCAUUCUCCCCUCUUACUUUUCUCUCCCUCAGUUUCCCAUGGACGGGAUUUGCAUUGACCAAACCACUUCCACUGAAUCCCAAUCCACAAAUUUCCCCCUCCUCAAAUCUCCACCGCCGGAGACUAGUCUCUGCCGCGUCGGGAGUGGCUUCACUAGUGUUGUUCUCGACUCUGACUCAUGCGGCGUCGAGGCGGAGUCACGGAAAUUGCCCUCCUCCCGUUUCAAAGGAGUGGUCCCACAGCCCAACGGCCGCUGGGGCGCACAGAUUUACGAGAAGCAUCAGAGAGUAUGGUUGGGGACUUUCAAUGAAGAGGAAGAAGCAGCACGUGCAUACGAUGUCGCUGCCCAACGCUUCCGCGGCCGUGACGCUGUCACCAAUUUUAAAGAUGAAGACGACGACGACGACGUAUCGGCCUUCCUCAACUCCCAUUCCAAAGCAGAGAUCGUGGACAUGCUACGUAAACACACCUACCUACACGAGCUCCAUCAAAGCAAACGAAACGCCGGGUUAUCCGGUUUAGAUCGCAAACAUAACCGUUCGUUGUCCGGGUUGGAUUCGGACGCUCGCGAACUUCUAUUCGAAAAAGCCGUAACCCCAAGCGAUGUAGGAAAAUUGAACCGUCUCGUCAUCCCAAAACAACACGCCGAGAAAAACUUCCCUCUCCAAACCGGUUCCACCGCUUCCUCGAAAGGUCUGUUGUUGAACUUCGAGGACGGAGGAGGCAAAGUGUGGCGGUUCCGUUACUCGUAUUGGAAUAGUAGCCAAAGCUACGUGCUAACCAAAGGGUGGAGCCGGUUCGUGAAAGAAAAGAAUCUGAAAGCCGGUGACAUUGUGAGCUUCCUCAAAUCUCCCGGACAGGACAAACAGCUGUACAUCGAAUGGAAGUCCAGAAAGGCGUCGCCCACAACCGACCCCAACAUGAACCCGGUUCACAUCGUCCGACUCUUCGGAGUUGACAUCGUCAAAGCUUCUUCGCCAAACACUGGGUGCGGCGAGAAGAGGAGAGAAUUGGAAUUUCUCGCUUUUCAAUGUACCAAAAAACAAAGGAUAGUCGGAGCAUUGUAACCAACAAAUUUCCUUCUUCCUUUUUUUCUUCCUUUUUUUCUUCCUUUUAAUUGUAUAAAAAGAGAAAAAAAUUUGAACCUUCCAA